AUGGGUUGGCCUUACGAGUUCGUCACCCUCACGGAUGAGGAGAAGCAUCAGCGCCGCAUCGCCCUCGAAUACUACGCCUACGUCGCCUUCCUCUCGGCCUUCGCACCUUGUCUCGUCUCCGUUUUGGUACGGCUCAUCGCCCGCGUGCGCCGUGCCCGACGCGGCCAGUACAGCGAAGUUCCGGGAUCGCCAGGGGUAAAGGCGAGUCAGCAGAGAUGGAUCACUAGGAUGAUUGGGAAGUGGUCUGCCGCCCAGUGGUGGCUAGGUGAGGAUGUGUACUUUAUAGGAUCGCGCUGGGGACAGCGGGAUGAGUGGGUUCUUGGUGUUGCUUGGACGUUGUGGAUGUUGAUCCUUUGUGUUCGGGGAACGGGCAAGGACUAUCUUCACCUAACGAAGCGCUUCGGCAUCAUUGCGACUUCGCAGAUGCCCAUCCAGUAUCUCCUGGCUCUCAAGGCGCUCAACCCCUUUGCCUUUAUCUUGCGCUCAUCUCACGAGCACCUCAACCGGUACCACCGCGUGCUAGGUCGGAUCAUCUACUUCCUGCUCAUCCUCCACGCCGUAUUUUACAACAUCUUCUUCUUCGAGUCUGGAAUCUGGGUCAAGCGCUUCUUCGCCCCGGUCGUCUUUGCCGGCGUUGUCGGCUUCGCGGCGUUCCACGCUCUCACAGGCACGGCCAUGGCUCGUGUGCGCGAGUAUUCGUAUCGCAUCUUCUUCGUCACUCACCUCGUAGCCGCGUUUUCUAUUCCGCCUCUGAUCUACUACCACGCGCACUCUGCCCGGUUCUACGUUGCUCUGGCCGUUGGCAGCUUUGUCGUCGACUUGGCUGCGCGCAAGAUAACCACCAUCACCGCGCCAGCUGUUAUCGAAGCCAUCCCUGGGACAACCCUCGUCAAGGUCUCGGCCACUAUGCCUAGCAGCAAGAUUGCCAAGUAUCGAGCCCGUCCAGGAUCUCACGUCUACCUCAACAUGCCAUCAGCUUCUCGCCCGGGCAUCGGCCAACUCUCCGCUCCCCAUCUGCUCUUCGAGUUUCUCUACAACCCCUUCACGGUGGCAUCAACUGACGAGGAGACACGCGAGUUGACGCUGGUUGCCCGCACGCGGACCGGACCGAUGACGGGCCGCCUCAGCCACUUCUCCUCAACUGGGAGCGCCUCGGGCAAGAUCGAGCUCAACGUUGAAGGCCCGUACGGCGCCAUAGGAAAGACAUUCCGUGAUCUCAUCGACUCAGGAAUCAACCGUGUCUUGCUCGUCGCUGGUGGUGUGGGGGCAACAUUUGCAGUGCCCCUAUACCACGCUAUUCUGGCCGAGAACGCAUCAGCACACGUUCAGCUCAUCUGGGCCAUCCGGAGUCCCGGCGAUGCAACCUGGGCAUCGUCAAGCCCAACGGGAAAGUCCCUCCUCGAUGAUGACCAGGUGCAGCUCUUCCUCACAGGCGACAUGGGAGUCGCCGACAGUGGAGUCGAGAUGAACAGCCUGCAACAAGGGGGCGCCCGACCGACCCGGAGCCCCAAGAGGCCUGAUUUGCAAAAGAUUGUUGACGACACGUUCCGACAGGGGCAAGGAGAAAAGGUCGCCGUCUUGGUUUGUGGCCCCCCUUCGAUGGCGAGCGAGUUGCGGAGAAGUGUCACGCCUUGGGUUAUGGAGGGGCGGGAGGUGUGGUGGCACAAUGAGAGCUUUGGUUGGUGA